AUGCAGCUCAAGGGUUCGCACCGCCGUGGUCUGGAGAAAACAAGUCUCGAAGUUGCGCAAACUGCGGGAAUCCAUCAAGCCCUCGACGAAACAAGGACCCAGCUGGCGAUCUGCAAGUCCAAGCUGGACAAACAUGAAGAUUUACACAGGAUCACUCAAGAACUUCGAGGUGUCAUUCAAACUCAAACUUUGCUAACCGCACAAUCAGCUACGACGGCACAAGACUUGAGGGCAAUGCAGACAAUAAACGCCGAACUCCGUGAACAGAUCACACAAACUCGGCGUUCGUUAUCAGAGGCUCUGGCCAACAAUGAGAAUCUCAGUCGACAGCUGGAAAAUGCUCUACGAUCGGAAUCUGCAAUAAUGGACCAAUCCGCUAAAACUCAGAGUGAUUGCAAUUAUAUACGCCUACAACUCUCACAACAGUUGACGGAGGCUGACGAGUUCUCUCGCUUUCUGGGAGAACAGGUCGACGAACUGCUGGAUGAUCUGCGUCUAGCACGGCGUGAGCAAGAAUGGGCUGAUGCCCUUCUGAAUACUAGUUCUCAGCAGGUUUCUGAGUUGCUCGGCGAGCUAUCUGAGCAGGAGACGGCAAGACAGAAACUGGAGGAGAAGGUAAUCAACGCCUCUACUCGUGCUUCUGCCAUGAAUAGAUGGCUGUUGAACGCGACUCGCAAAGAUUUAGAACAAAGCGAGGCUAGAUAUGAUGCUCUUACGACGGAAAUGUCCUCGCUCCGAGAACAACUCUCGGAGUGCGAAGUCGAGAUCGCGACGCUGAGGUCAACAAAAUGUAAUACUCAAACAAUAGACGAGCUAUCCAACGAUAUGCCAGUCUCGACAGCCAUGUCUACUUCGUGCUCUGGCGAUCCCGCGCAACCGAGCAUGAGCACAGGCGCUAUCUCGAGCCAUACCAUCAUGGAGGAUAUGUUCCCGGCAUUGUCGGGUCGCCAGCCAGAUCUGGGACAUAUCAAGAAGCAAUUGGGUAUUCGGAAUAUUUGCGUCGUCGUACCCGAUGACUUUGUCUGGGUGUCAUGUCCGGAUGCUGCGUUUUUUGUCAAACCAUUGCACUGCCAAGGAAAAGGCACCAACAUGUGGAAAAUCUGCAAGAACAAGUCCGUGAAGCGACUACAGAGGGAAUCCUCCUACGAGCUCGUCCCAUACUUCUCGGGGGCAUAUUACUACGUGGGAUCGUACUCCAUCGGCGAGGCAGAACGGCUCAGUAUCGAUGAGUUUGAGCAGCUCCCAGAGAAGGUAUUGGUUGUGAAGCUUCGUGCUGAACUCAGUGCUACGCAAUCCUCCUUAGCGGAGUUGGAGGAUGAGAAUAUGAAGUUGAAAGUAGACCUUCGGGUCUCUGAAAAAUGGACAAAGGAGCUGAAGGAAGAGCUUGCCGUGGUUAAUUCAACGUUGGUACAAGAGAGAUGCAACGUUGAACGCUGCAAGAACAAAAUUUUGGAAAACGAAGUCAAUGCUCUUGUGGGAGCAGUCAAGAUACGCCUUCAAGAAGUACAGGAAGAAGGUGCGAAAAAGGUGGCUGAAUGGGAUGAACUUCCUGUUCGCGUGCAAGAGCUAGAGGAAAAAGCUCGAUUAUUUGAGCUGUGCAUGGAAAAGUUGGAAACGAAAGUUCGAGAAUUAGAGAUGUUCAAUGACAAUGCUCGUGGCGAACUCACUGUUGAGGAGAUGUGCCGAAGACUCCGUUGUGUGCUCCAGAAACCUAUCGAAUAUAAUAAAAAGAAGCCAUCGUCGGUUCGGAAUAAGGCAAUUCAGAAUAAGCCUGAUGCACUGAAUCGAACACCCGCUAUGUCUGAGUUCGCAGAUCCACAGGGAACAUCGGCAGAAAGCCAAGUACGCAAUGAGAAGAACGAAAGUGAAGUCUUGAAGGGCUCUGAGAUCGACGCAGUGGAUCAUGUUGAUAUAUCGGAUGCGACUGCGGUGAUAUCUGCCACAAAAGACGAGUUAGAUCCAUUCCGCCCUUGGAUGAGCGGUUCGCAUGUCGAGGACAUCUUUGAAUCGCUUGGCCCACGAAAAUUGCAGCGAGAUGAAAUAGCAAAUGCCAUGUAA